GCUCCGUGCGCGUGGCCGCAGCCGGGCGGUGCCGCAGCGCCGUGCACUGACAGCCCGGCCGGCGUUUUGUGCGCGACGCGCGGAGCGUUGCGGGACCGCGCUGCGGCUGUGCCGGGCACACGGCGCCCCCUGCCGGCCGGAGCGCGCGGCGCCCGCGUGGGGUUCGGAGCUUACGGAGGUAUUCAGAAACUUUGUCGUAAACGUGCCUUUCUGGAGCGCUGCUCGAGCGAUUCUGUUCCUAAUGCGUUUCUCUUCUUUUCUGCUCUGUUUCCCUUCCAGUCGCUGUGCGAUGUCCAGCUGCCGCUUUUCCCUUUGCUGUAUUUCGCUGCUAUUCUUGCAGCUGUUCUCAGCCGCUGACGACCGUUUGCUUUUUAAGUCCUCCACGUUCUGUCGGUGUUUCCCAUUCUGUAAAGUUACCAACGCUUUUUUUUUCAAUUCAUAAAAGAAGUGUAAUCGCGUUCUGUGUUCGUAUCGGCUGCUUUGGUUUCUGACUCUUCCUGUGGAGGCGUCAAACAGGCGCGCAGUUUGGAUGGGAUGCGUGAACUCAGUUGAUGCUAUAGAGCGGUGUUAACCCCACAGACACCUUAAAUGUCUUCAGAAGACAGAGAAGCUCAGGAGGAUGAGCUGCUGGCGCUGGCCAGCAUCUAUGAGGAAGAUGAGUUUAAGAGAGCCGAGUCAGCACAAGGAGGAGAAACCAGAAUUUGUUUGGAGCUGCCCCAAAACUUCAAAGUUUUUGUGAGCGGCAAUUCCACAGAGAGUCCCCAGGGCAGGGGCUUUGAAUGCACCGUUUGCUUUCUGCCUCCGCUUGUGCUGAAUUUUGAGCUCCCAGCGGACUACCCAUCCACCUCCCCGCCUGCGUUUACCCUCAGCAGCAAAUGGCUCUCCCCAGCACAGCUCAGCGCUCUUUGCAAGCAUUUAGACAACCUGUGGGAAGAGAACCGAGGCUGCGUGGUCUUGUUUGCCUGGAUGCAGUUUCUGAAGGAAGAAACGUUGAGUUACCUGAAUAUUUCCUCCCCAUACGAGCUAAAAAUGUGCCAACAAGGGAACACACAGGGCAGGACGCCUUCGGUCCCUCAGGAUGCCGAGGAUUGUGGUGGUGCAGUGGGCUGUGCUGCAGCUGAAGAAGAAAUUGAUGAAAGAGCUGUACAGGACGUGGAAUCUUUGUCCAGCCUGAUUCGGGAGAUCCUGGACUUUGAUCAGGCUCAGAGAAGGAAGUGCUUUAACAGUAAGAUGUACUUGUGCAAUAUUUGCUUCUGUGAGAAGCUGGGCAGGGAAUGCAUGUACUUCACCGAGUGCAGCCACGUGUACUGCAAAGCUUGCCUGAAGGACUACUUUGAAAUUCAGAUCAGGGAUGGUCAGGUCCACUGCCUCAACUGUCCAGAACCGAAGUGUGCUUCUGUUGCUACUCCUGGUCAGGUGAAGGAGUUGGUCGGAGAGCAGCUGUUUGCACGCUAUGACCGCCUGCUGCUGCAGUCCACCCUGGACCUGAUGGCAGAUGUUGUGUACUGCCCGCGGCCGGGCUGCCAGACACCCGUCAUGCAGGAGCCGGGCUGCACCAUGGGCAUCUGCUCCUGCUGCAACUACGCGUUCUGCACUCUGUGCAAGAUGACCUACCAUGGGGUCUCGCCCUGUAAAAUCACUGCAGAGAAAUUGAUGGAUUUGCGUAAUGAAUAUUUAGAAGCCGAUGAGGCAACCAAAAGAUUUUUGGAGCAGCGCUACGGCAAGCGAGUGAUCCAGAAAGCUCUCGAGGAGAUGGAGAGCAGAGAAUGGCUGGAAAAGAACUCCAAGUCCUGCCCUUGCUGCAGUACUCCUAUAGAGAAACUAGAUGGCUGUAACAAAAUGACGUGUACUGGCUGCAUGCAGUACUUCUGCUGGCUCUGUAUGGCUUCCCUGUCCAGGGUGAACCCAUACAAGCACUUCAAUGACCCGUCUUCCCCGUGCUUUGAUCGAUUGUUUCAAGCUAUGCAAAUUGAUGUGCUCUGAUGCCAUAGAAGAACAAUACCACCUUGCACUGCAGGAUCCUUGCACAACCCUUCUGUUGCCAGAACCAAAGGAGGCCAUUUUACCCACCCUGUGGUCAAGGUGUUGAAAGUCCUAAUAGUAACAUCCAGUGAUAAAGAGAAACGCAACCAAGAAGUGAGAACAGAACGGGAGGUCUGUACCAAGAGGUGCCCCUCGUUCAGCUCCCGAAUGGCAGCAAUGUUUCUGGAGUGGCCUCCUGAGGAGGUUUGCCUUCCAGGGAUGUCAGCUGGCUCCGCUGUUUGGGGCAGCGCCAUCCCAGGUGCUGGUUCUGGAGCUGUUAGUUACGCUGCUUGGAAAGGGAAAGUGUUGUGAAGCAGCACAGGCUGCGUUCAGGGGCUGAGCCCGGCGCCCCCUGCAUUUCCUGCCUGUUUCUGUGGCAGCAGCUCACUGCUGUUCUGGCAGUGGCGGUGAAGGCGCUGAUCCCUGACUCCUUUCACUGGCUGCAGUGCCCGUGUUCUUCACUGAACGCAUGGGCAGAACUGGCUGACAGCUGUUUCUGGAGUCGGGGUCACCCUGCGGAGUGCCGCAGUGCUGAGCGCCUCGCUGCCACCCCCACUGAGCGCUGAGCGGAGUCUGGGCAGUGAAAAUGAUACCAGACAGUUCUGGGCAUGGACCGUCUGGAUCAGGGGUAAUUUUUAGUACCUGAAAGAAUUCAAGUUUCUUUCUCACCAGACAUUAACUUGUUUACAAAAUCUUCUUGUAAGGAAUUUGAUUAGUUGACGUUCUUGGUUCUGGGCCAGAUGCCUCAUUUCUGCUGUUCUUGCCCUUUAAAUAUUUCAAAAAACAUGGUUUCCCCUAAAAGCUCAGCAAGCUGUUUUGGGAACAUGGAAGUAAUUGCUGGAGAGAAACACUGAUUUAUUUUUUUUUCCUGCUUACAGAAUGAUCUAAAAAAUUAUUUUGGAAUUCCGACUCUUUAAAGCAAACAGCAGGUCUGGAUGGAUAGCUCAGGAGCUUGAAAACUGUUCAAACUCGGUUUUGAUUGACAGUAAAUAAAUGUUAGUUAAGUACCUGGCCAAAA